CACUGGGGUCUCCGGGGCCCCAAAGAUCCAGGAAGUAAAGCAGAGGCGUGCACGCGCGUGCAUGUGGACGGGCGCGCGCAUGACCCAUUAUACCGUGCGCGCGUCGAAACCGCUGGAGGGACGCCACAUGAACCGCGUUCGGUGAAUCAGAAAGCUGUCCGGUGAACGAACGGACCGUGAUGAGCCGCAACAUCAGCCCGCGUGCACGACAAAACCCGCUCAGGCUGCGACGUCACUGUGCCAUUCACUGAACAAGUGCAUUGAGAUGAACUGAAAGGAGCAGGGAGAGUCCACCAGAUCACUGUCACCAGCUGACUAGUUGCAUGUAGAGAGUUCCAGCGGUUGUGUGGAGGAUCUGAGAUGAGAAGGCGUCUUUCGCUGGCGUGCGGUGCUGAGGCAUGUCUUUAAGAGCGUCUCCUUUCUCCAAUUUCUUCCUGGAAGGUCUCCAUGCCGUAGGAUGGGGUCUGAUCUUCCCUUGUUUCUGGUUCCUGGACCGUCUCCUCGCCGUCUGCAUCUCCACCAGUCUGGAGCGCAUGUGGCGGCGCGAGAUGGAGUGCUACCUCCACCCGCUUCAGGUCGUCUUCGGCUCCGUCCUCUUCCUCAUUCUGUUCAUAAUCUCCACGCCGUUCGCGCUGCUGGGAUUCAUGCUGUGGGCGCCGCUGCAGGCCGUACGCCGGCCGUUCGCGUAUUAUCAUCAGGAGCAGAUCAUUCCCAUGGAAGAUCGCAACGCUAGAUGGGAAGAAACGGGGAAAGUCAGUUUUGGGUUUUUGACGGGAAACCUGUGCAUGCUUCCCGACGGCAUUGCACGCUUUAACAACCUCGGGCACACGCAAAAACGUGCGGCCUACAUCGGUAAAAGCAUCGUCCAAGGCGUCACCCGCCCACACAUCCGUAUUUUUGUCGAUUCUCCCAGCAGCUGCGGCACUGUUACACCAUCCAGCAGUUUGAUCCCGCAACCACCGCCGGCCUCGUACGGAUCCAUAGACGUUUCCGCGACCAAUCAGACGGAAGAUGUUCGCGAAACCGACGGCCUUCCCAAACCCAACUACAAUCAGAACUCUAACCAGCACAAGGAUCCGCCUCGGACGCUCUUUCGGGACGCCGACUUUACGAUGGAAGUCUCCGCUCUGUUCCCGUCCUCCGUGGACGUCGUGUGUCUCCAGGAGGUUUUCGACAAGAGAGCCGCUUUGAAACUCUCGCGAGCUCUCGGUCCGCUCUAUGGACACGUGCUCUACGACGUCGGCGUUUACGCCUGCCAGCCUGCGGGAACAUGCUCGUCUUUUAAGUUUUUUAACAGCGGUUUGUUCCUGGCUAGUCGCUAUCCCGUGAUGGAGGCUGAGUAUCGCUGCUUUCCCAACGGACGAGGAGAAGACGCUCUGGCUGCCAAAGGACUGCUUACUGUAAAGGUACGACAUCCGAUUUAAAGGGACAGUGGAAAUCGGUUACGAAAAGGUGAAAAGAAAAUGGUGGGGUAUAUUAACUGCACUCACCUGCACGCUCCUGAAGGGGACGGAGCGAUUCGCUUCGAGCAGCUGAACCUGUUGACCAAAUGGAUCAAUGAGUUCCAGGCGGUGACCAGACGAGAAGAUGAGAUGGUGAUGUUUGAUGUGCUCUGUGGGGACUUUAACUUUGACAACUGCUCUCCUGACGACAGGCUGGAGCAAAGCCACAGUGUGUUUGAGGAGUAUAUCGACCCCUGCAGAGCCGGAGCCGGCCGAGAGAAGCCCUGGGUCAUCGGAACCCUGCUGGAACAGCCAACGCUCUAUGAUGAGAACAUAAGGACACCAGACAGCCUGCAGCGGACUCUGGAGACUGAAGAGCUGCGUAAGGACUAUAUUUCUCCGCCGGUGCCCGUUGAAGGCGUUCCUCUGGUCUAUCCUGAGCCUGAUCAAUCCUGGACGGGCCGCCGGAUCGAUUACCUGCUGUACCGAGAGAGCUCUGUCUCCAGUCACGGCAAAACCGAGCUGGAGGAGUUCACAUACGUCACUCAGCUGGCCGGACUGACCGAUCACGUUCCUCUGGCCUUCAGACUCUCCGUCUCUCUGGAUUCACAACACAUGUAGAGAUGCUUGCUUUCUAGUGGACCAGACUGAUGACACUUUAAAAUAUCCAUCAGAGAGCAAUGAAAUGCUGUAGAUGAAUAGUUCACCCAAUAAUGAACAUUUAUGGUUAUUCAUUCACACUCGUAUGGGUUUGAGGAUGAGUAAAUGAUGACAGAAUCAUUUUUAGGGAUCAAUAAAAGAGGAGGCCUAUCAUUUUUGAAUGCUUGAGCUGUGAAGAAACACCAAAUAUCACUCUAUGAAUCACUAUAUGAUCAGAGCAGUCGUUCUGACACUCUUUCCUAUGCAUCUCCUCUCUGUACAGUGCCAGUAAUCUGAGUUUAUCCAAGCAUAGAUAUUACACACACAUGGGGAAAAUUCUGUUUUUUUUUUAUGACACGUUUUUUCCAUGACAACACAGAAAUUAUUUUGGAAAUAUAUUUUAAUAAAAGGGUAGAAUGUUUUUUUUUUUCAUAACGUGCUUCUUUGACUUUUUUUCUGAGGUGUUUUUGCAGUUCUCUGUGAAAUUAGUUAUUAUUGUAUUUUAUGUUCAUGUUAAGCAUAUUGGUCUUUCUUGAACCAUAACACAAUACACAAUACGUGGCAAAGAGAAUUCAAAUCAUAUGCUUUAUUUUCUUGUCAAAAAUAAUAAAAUUUACAUUAAUUUUA